AUGGCUACCCCAAGCCCCCCAAACCUCUCUAAAACACUCUCCGACAAGGCCAGCAACCUUCUCAAUAAGGUCAACGAUGCUCAAUCCAUCUUCAACCCAGUUACCCAACUCCUAGAUACCUACCUAGGCUCUGAGGAAGUCCGCGCUCUCCCACCGAGUUCACGAAAACUCCUCACCUCCCUUUGCCUUGAGUUUAAGGCAACCAUCGAACAGCACUUCGACGCCUUUGUUACUGGUCAUCCCCCCCCUAGGGGAGCUACUACUCCGCCUGUCACCCCCCUUUCCCCUCCUUCCCCCCCGACCACCACUCACACAAGUACACCCACAAUGCCUAUAGGCCCCAAGCCCUCCUACAUUCAGAAAGCCUCUACUCCAACCAUUGCCCUCACAAACAAGACUCCCUCCGAUAACCGCUUAUUCGUACGAAUCAACCAAAUGCACCCAGCCCGAAGCGCUGGAUCUUUUGCAAUCCUCACAGCCCUAAAGAAAGUCCUCGGACCAAACGCCUCCCUCUUAAGGGAGGUCCAAGAGGUCAAAACAGGCUUCGCUCUCUGCACCAGCUCAACAGCCAAUCUAUUAGCCCUUGAAAAACAGAAAGCCAUUAUAUCAUCCGCAAUCGGAGACUGCAAAAUUGAGGCCCAAGAGAAAUGGACCACUUACCGUCUAAACUACGUCCCCAAGAAAGUCACCAUCUUCAAUGACCAAUUCAAAAUAGACUCCAUUUUAGUUACAAAAGAUACGAUCUCCGACGCUAUAAAGGAAUACUCUGGUCAGGUGCUUACUCACGCUAUCCAAUCCCAAACGAACCCCUCACCUAAUGAGUAUUACUCAACAUGGAUAGUAAGCUUCAAGACAGGAGCAGAACCACUCAAAAAGAACCUGAAGAUUCUAGGGGCCAACAUCAGCACAUCCCUCCUAGUACAAAAACCAAAGAUCACUCAAUGCAAUCGUUGCUUUCAAUGGCACAACGCAAGAACAUGCCUCAAAUCACAAAUCUGCCGCCUAUGCGGUUCGGGAAAGCAUACAGAGAGCAAUCAUACUACCAGUUGUGGUACUGAACACGAGCCAUAUAUAUACAAAGAUACCUCAAGAAAAAUCACCAAAACUCACCCCUCCUACGAAAUCUUCACUCCAUUAGACGAUUGGAAGGAAAACCCUCGUGUCCUUACCUAUAUCAGAAAAGAAAUAGGAAUUCAGAUCAACCAGAUCAGACCGAUAAUCUCCAGAGAUCUAAUAUUUAUACAAUUAAUAUCUACAAAUAAUACAAUAUUUACCAUUAUAAAUAUUUACAACGCUCCAACACAAUGCACAGAUGGCAAUCAAGCCAUCAAGGCACUCUUUGAACUCCAAAACUUCCCAAACAACGCCAUCCUACUAGGCGACUUCAACCUCCACCACCCCAACUGGAAUCCCCUCCAUCCAUCCCCUUCAACGCUAGCCGAACCCUUUGUAGAAUGGUCAAACUCCCGGCAUCUACACCUCAUCUCCCCAAUCGGAACUCCUACUCACUCAAAGGGAAACGUCUUGGACCUCACCUUCCUCUUAGGGCCCUAUACAGCGACACCCUCUCUAAGAGACCUAGAUCAAGCCGCAUCAUCCCUUACACAAGCCCUUACAAAAGCCUAUACAGGAUCUGCAAGAAGAUCCAUAAACAAGCCCCUUCAACAACCUUGGUGGAACAAGGACUAUAUAAAGGCUGUGUAUAAACAUAGAAUCAUCAAUACACCUACAUCCAAACGCUCUCUUUGGAAAACAGUCCGAAAAGCAAAACAUACCUUCUAUAUUACGAAAGUGGAUAAAGUAGAAGAUAUAAACGAUGUAUAUCGAAUAACCAAAUGGCAUCAAUCCACAGGAAUAUACCGUACCCCCCCUUUAGCAGAUCUAUCAAAACAAACCAUUGCAAAUACUAUCGAAGAGAAAAGGGAAACCUUCGCCAACAACCUACUGACAAACCUAGCCGAGGUUGACGACAUCCCAUUCGAUACCCCUACAGCCCCAAGCAGAUCUAUCACCUUCCCUGAUAUAGCUAUACAAGAUAUAGAGCUGGCCAUUUUAAAAGCAGGGAACACAGCACCUGGCGCAGACGAAAUCCCAACAAAAAUCCUACAAGUCGCAUGGCUACAGAUAAAAGAAGUAACCCUAUCCCUUUUCAAAGGCUGUCUACACCUAGGACACCACCCAAAAUGCUUCCGAUUAGCUACCAUCGUAAUCAUCCCUAAACCCAACAAGUCAGAUUAUACCAACCCAAGAUCAUACCGACCAAUUGCCUUGCUCUCGGUCCUAGGCAAAGGCCUCGAAAGACUCAUUGCGAAGAAGGUAUCAUGGCUUGCUCUAAACUACCAAGUCCUAGCGAACCAGCAGCUCGGAGCCCUACCCUUGCGAUCCUCAGUGGACCUCACCACUUGCGUUACACACGACAUUGAGGCAUCCUUAAAACAAGGGUUAAAGACCACCCUGCUCACAAUGGAUGUAAAAGGUGCUUUUGACGCAGUGCUACCAGGAAGACUAGUGAAUCGCCUUCGGGAACAAGGAUGGCCAAACAACCUGGUUAGAUGGGUUCAGUCCUUCGCCACUAAUCGAUCCAUCAAGAUCCGACUAGACGGCGAGACUGGCCCGGAAACAAAGCUAGAAUGCGGUCUUCCUCAAGGUUCACCGAUCUCCCCGAUCCUGUUCAUGCUCUACAUCGCGCUUCUCUUCUGGAUGGGCAAACCACAGAGCAGAUUCGGAUAUGCAGACGAUAUCGCGAUACUAGCGACAUCAAACUCACUACAGACAAACUGCGAUUCUCUAAAAAUGGAUAUACAAGAAACUCUCGAAUGGGGAAAAACCGAAGGUAUCACUUUUGACCCCAAGAAAUCUGAGCUUAUACACUUCUAUAAAGGACACCGAACACUAACGGAUACCCCUGCAAUACACACCGGAUCUAUGAAUAUAGAGGUCAAACCUGGCCCGCUCAAAUGGCUCGGAGUCCACUUCGAUAGGAAACUAUGCUUCAAACCACAUGUCCAGAUCCUCGCAGCCAAAGCCCUCAAGGGAGCCAACGCACUGAGAUCCCUCAGCAAUACACACCGAGGGAUACCCCCAUAUCUCACCAGGAAAGUGGCUGAAGCCUGCAUACUCAAAAAGUGCUAUUUCGCCUCGGAAACGUGGUGGCCAGGCCGAACCAGAACAAAGAAGAAUGCCCUAAACAACCUGAUCUCGAUCUCAAAUGUAGUGGACAGCCAUCUAAGCUUACUCAACAAAGUGGUAAUCAUCUGUACAAGGGCAAUCCUCCCAGUAUACAAAACCACAAACACAGCAGUACUCUACGAGGAAGCCAAACUCAGACCAUCCGAGAUCGAGCUAAACCUGAUUUCACAAUUAUAUGCGGCACGAACCACCAGACUAGACCUUUACCAUCCUCUCAGGAUCAGAGCAGAGAACAUAACCAAAGCCAGAGAAUAUAACCGCACCCCAGAUACAAGAUUCGCAAGGCUCAUCACAGCAUUACCGGAGACUGAACACAUAAACCCCUUGGCCUUCCCACCCUGGGAAAUCAGAGAGUCGAGGGCAGAGGCCGAGGCCCGCAUCAAUGGUCCGAUGGGCAGAACGAAGGCACAAGCAGCCGAAGACUUCAAAGCCUUCCACGCCAAGAUCCCAAGAAGCGAUAUACAAAUCUUCUCGGAUGGCUCAAAAAGUGAAAGCAAGGAUGGCGCAACUGGGGGCGGAUUCGUAAUCUCACAAUUCGAUAUUCAGAUAGCACACCAUUCUUUCUCAUUAGGCACAAAUGCAGAAGUGUUCGAUGCAGAAGCCACAGCCGCAGUAGCAGGGGCAGCAAAAGCCCUCACUCUAGCAUCAACCAAACUGGCCACAGAUCUCUGGAUCUUCUUAGACAACCACGAGGCUGCUCUCCGAUUAGGAUCCCACUUCAAUGGUUCCUCAUAG